UUACAAUGAAGAGAGUGCCUUGCUGCAGUUUUUCAUAUCAGAAGGGUGAUUGAGUAGCAAGCUUCAAAAAUUUAAUAAUCCAUCGUGAAAUCGCCUCUCUGCCGUUCAACAUCGCGCGAUGGUUUGGAGCCUAUUUCCGGUAGACCCACUUCCAGGUGAAAAUGAGUACUAUAUUUUCAAAAAAGGGACGUACAAAGUCGGGCGAAAAGGAUGUGACAUAAUCAUAACCAAAGAUAAAGGGGUUUCAAGGGUCCAUGCUGAAAUUAUUGUAAAUGAAAUGGUUUGCAUGGAUCAUUUAGAAAAUAUACAUUCAGAUAAUUCUUCAAAAGUUCAGAUCAGAGACUGCUCGAAGUAUGGAACCUUCAUCAGCAGAAAUCUGGAUUCUAAAGAAAAAGUUCAUGAAUUUCCAAAUAAAGAAGCAACACUGAAGGAUGGAGAUGUGGUUACAUUUGGUACUGGAAUUGCACAAUAUAGGUUUUCCUAUGUUCCCCUCGUGCUUUGCGCAUCGUCAACCAAGCCUUCAGAGAUGAAUAAGCUUAAAACCACGAUGUUGGCAAUCGGUGCCAGUGUCACUCAAGCUUGGACUUCUAAAUGCACACAUAUGGUUAUUGAUGACUUCAACCCUAUCAAUGAUGAGGUUAUCAAUUCGAUUGUGGCUAGAAAACCCCUUGUCCGAUUUAGCUGGAUAGAGGUAGUUGCAGGAAAAACAUUUUCCACUGAGAUUCCCAGCUCUCUCUCGCAUGCUCCGACAUUGACACUGGAAGGUGCAUCUCUCAAAGUCGCCGACGCACAAUCUCGAGAACAGUGUUUGAAAGGAUACACUUUUAUGUUGGACUCCAAGCACAAGUAUAAAUUUAAGGAGAAGAUGUGUAUGCUUUUGGAAGCUGGUGGUGCAAAAGUUGUUUACACUGAAACUUCAGAUCAAUGCAGUCAGAAUACCAGAGAGAAUCUGGUGUGCGUGAUGCCAGCUGGAAUGACUAGCAGCAGUGGAAAUUUUAAAAAAUUCAGUUAUCUGCCUACGGUGAAUGAGAUGGAACUGAUUUCAGCCGUGGUUUCUGGACAUCUAGAUCCUUCAGUUAUGGCAUCAGCACCUGUGCUGGUCACAUCUUCAUGCUCCACAGAUGAGACAGUGGUUGCAGAUUCUGAUGUAGAAAUGGAAACUGCCACAUCAGUCCGUACGUCUGCUGCAGUUAAUUUGAUAUCUUCUGCUGAAGAUGAAUGCGAAACAAAGAUUGGGAUCCACGAGACAGAACGUUCAGAAAGAAAUUGCAAAGCAGAAAAUGUUGUUCAUGUGAUAGAAUCUACCGAACAUGACAGUGUAGCAAAAACAGAGGCUGGAGCAACAGAUCCUGGGAGCCAAGGAUUCUUACAACAUCCUAAAGGGGAAACCCUUAAGCUUGACACUCCUUAUUGGAGUUCUAUAUCAAGGGACAGAGAUGAACCUACGAGGAAUGAUGAGGGGCAUCCAUCGGAUAGUGAGAAUGUGGAUAUAAUAUUCAGCGAGUCUCUAAUUGUUCGAGAGUCUAACUCAGCACAAUUUGAUCAUUCUACAAGAAAUGUCCCAGCUGCUAACUUCAAACGUUUUAGGAAGAUGAGUGUUCCAUCGGGGAACAGCUUCAGCAACCUUAUUCCGUUUUCAGAGUAUCCAUACAAAGAUUCUGACUAUGGAAACGAAGAUGUGGCUGAGUCCAUCAAAGAGGAGAAGAAGCGCAAGCAGAUGGAGGCCAUUGCAGAUGACUUAUUUAACAACGACAAGGGAAGACGACGUGCAUCUGCUACCCUUCCUUCGCUCUUUGCUCGUCGUUGAUUGAGAGGUAUGCAGUUGUCAAGAACUCAUGAAUUCGGUUGGUCCAUGUCCAAAGAGCUCUCUUCUAUUCUCUGAGUCUUGUAUAAUUUUGAUUUUAUACAUUGCUAAAUGUCAAUCGAUCUUCACUGUGA